AUGGCACUAUCCCAGGGAGCUCUGGCCCGCGAGGCGGGCCGCGCGGGCCGGAGUUCCCUGGGCUACGGCCAAGUACCGGGUCUUGGACUGACACCAACCAAUGCAGUUUACCAGGUUAACCAGAAUUCCUUCACUGUAUCAUGGUCACCGCCAUCAAACCCGCCAUUCCAGCCGACUGGUUAUCUAGUACAAUAUAGAGUAGGUGGAGUGGAUGGAGGAGAUUUUACAGCAAGUGACGUAACAACCAUUACGUUCCAAGGCACUGCUCCUGAUGCUAACAGUGUCUUGGUUGCUACUUUGUUUACUGGUUUUAAGGAGCUUGGUGCUGAUGAUAUCGCUUCAGCUGUUGAGAUUCAGCCAAGUACAGACUCGUCAUACUAUCAGAUUCACUUGUUGAACUACAUCACUUUAUCCUGGUCAACCCCACAAAACCCGACAGGAGUAUUUGGGUAUCUGGUGGGAUAUUCGGUAGGCGGAGUGGCCAAUGGCGAGACCAUCUUAGACAAUACAGUGACAACGAUUACAUUUCAAGACAACAACUUACAGGGUAGAAGUGAUAUUGAUCCGAAUAGUGCAUUCGUUGCCCAUUUGGAUUUUAAUCAAGCUGAAAUUCCAAACACUCGGUCUGUGGCGUCUCUACCUCCUCAGAAUGUGAUACCCUCUCCUCCUGUGUCUGCUACCAUACAACGGACAUCCGACACAAGUUAUACUAUAUCCUGGUCUAGCCCGGGGAACGUCGAUGGAUAUGUCAUCUCAUACGCCGAUGGUGCAGUAGUCAAUUCUAUAGAGCUACCUGCAGAUAGGACAUCCGAACAGGUCCAGAAUCUUCAACCCAAUACGGAUUACACAUUUAACUUGUACAGUCAACGGAAUGGUAUCAGAGCUCAAGCUAGUCUCACUGAACUUCCCCCUGUGGUAACACCAACAGACAACACUAUUUUCACCAUCGAUGACCGUGGUGAGGAUUUCAUCAACAUUGUCUGGGACCAUGACCCUACACAAGGCAUUAUAUCAUAUCACCCGACUCUCCUUCAAAAUGAUGGUGUCACCCUAGUACAAGAUGGAGGACUUAUUGGUGCCCCAGCAGGAGCUGCACCUCUUACACAUCGAUUCACUGGACUGGACCCGGGAACACAGUACACCGUUGAUAUUAACAUCGUGGCGAGUGCAAAUCCAAAUACUGAAAUCGACUUUGCAAGUGAUUUGGCUUUUACACGACCUAAACCACCAAACAACGUACUCCUGUAUCCGCUCAGCCCAACUACCAUCUUGUUUACAUGGGAACGUCCCCUUCCACCAAAUGACUUCUUUAUUGACUACUUGGUGUCUGCUUCCAAUGUGAAUCUGGGUUUUUCUGUGCAGAAUGUCCUACCCCAAGGUGCUACCAGUAAUGCUAUACGUGGUCUUCAACCAGCUACUAGCUAUGACUUGAGCGUUCUUACCAAUAUUGAACCUGUUACAAGCAACUUCCCUGGAUUCACCGUUGUGCCGCCAACUGCUGUUGCUGGAACUGUGAAUAUUGGGGCUGUUACAGCUCAAGAACUGGAGGUACUCUGGUCGACUGAUGGCAUCGCUGCCGACUCCUUCAGGGUUCUUCUGUUCAGUGAGGAUGGCUUACAGCAAUUUGAACAAAGUGUUCCAGCUGGAACCACAUCUGUAUUAUUUGAGAACUUGACACCGGACACCCCUUACAUUGCUGUUGUUGAAGCCAUCGUUAGAGAUAUACUGACAAAUACAGAUCAAGCUUCUGUUGUUGGAUCAGAUGAAGCAACAACCAAUAGCCUACCAGGUACUAGCAGCGUUACUGUGGACAGCACAACUGGAAAUUCAGCAACGCUCUCAUGGACUUUUAACCAGGCAGCCACAGACUACUUAAUCUCGUACAUCAGUGCCGAUGGUUCUCAUACUGGUUCCUUUAACCCAGACGGGAACGGCAACACAGCUGUCGUUGUGCCUGGGCUUCAACCACAGACAACAUACACAUUCUCAGUGCAAGGAACAGACGGCACAAAUACGUUUAACGUCGGAUCAGCUGUAGGUACAACAGGUUUGGAUACGACGGUAACAUUGGAUUCAGUUACAGAUAGCACGGUUACACUUUCCUGGACAGCGAUAGAUGGUAGUACUUUCUACCAGGUUUUAUACAGGCCUACUGGCUCGACUCAACCGGAACAACAAAUUAUAGUUUCUAAUGGACCACAAAACACCCAAACCACACUAACUGGACUCACACCAGCUACAAUGUAUGAUGUUCGAGUUGUGGCUUUCCCGGGAGGUGGACCAUUGGAAGUUGGAAGCAUCACGCCAACAACAGGUAUUCUGAAUGAGGUUAUUGUGGAUUCGGUAACACCAAACACAAUAGCUCUCCGCUGGACGAAUUUGCCAGACAACAUUAAUUAUGAGAUAACCUACACUGCACCAGAUGGAACACAACGAGUGGUUUCCUCAGGCACCAGCCCCAACAUCAUCCUUACUGGACUUACUCCUGCCACUCAGUAUGAUAUCUCAGUACGUUCAACAUCUAACCAAGGACAGCAAUCAGCCAUUGGUACCAUUACCGCUACUACAGUUCCAACACAAGUUACAAUAACUGAAACAACUCCAAAUUCAAUCAGCGCAAGUUGGACAGAGAUAACAGACGCCUUGACAUACCGCAUAGACUUUGUCAGUGCCGAUGGCCUACACACUGGGUCUAUCAAUUCACCUGUACCCCCGGCAGUUAUUGAUAGUCUACAACCAGGUACAACGUACACAAUAACUGUUCUUGGUACUACAGUGGAUGGACAGACCAUCCCAAUUGGUUCAGCUUCUGCUACAACAGGUAUUGGCACGUCAGUCAAUGUGGGCCUAGUUACAUCAAGCACAAUUGCCCUGGACUGGACCCCUAUCCCAGAUACCAGUACUUAUCAGGUAGCUUACACUGGACCAGAUGGACAAGUGCAGCAGGCUUUGUCAAGCACCCCUGACACCAUCCUUACCGGACUAAAUCCUGUAUCUCAGUAUGACAUCACAGUGAGAGCUAUUACUAACGGUGGACAACUGGUAGAUGUUGGCACUACAACUGCCACUACAGGUAUUGACACCUCAGUUACAGUGGGUGCUGUUACACCAAACACCGUAGACAUCACCUGGACACCUGUCCCUGGUACCAGUAUCUAUCAGAUAAUAUACACUGGACCAGACGGGCAGCAGCAAAUGGGGCAGGCUCCUCAUCCCACCACUGAUUUCACCCUUACUGGACUUACUCCUGCAUCUCAGUAUGACAUCACUGUAAGGGCAUUUAACACUAAUACUGGACAACAAACAGAUAUUGGCACUGCCACUGCAACUACAGGUAUGGAUACGACGGUAAUAUUAGAUUCAGUUACGGAGAACACGGUUACACUUUCCUGGACGGCAAUAGAUGGUAGUACUUUCUACCAGGUCUUAUAUAGGCCUACUGGCUCAACUCAACCUGAACAACAAAUGAUAGUUUCUAAUGGACCACUAAACACCCAAACCACACUAACUGGACUCACACCAGCUACAAUGUAUGAUAUUCGAGUUGUGGCUUUCCCAGGAGGUGCACCAUUGGAAGUUGGAAGCAUCACGCCAACAACAGGUAUUCUGAAUGAGGUUAUUGUGGAUUCGGUAACACCAAACACGAUUGCUCUCCGCUGGACAAAUUUGCCAGACAACAUAAAUUAUGAGAUAACCUACACUGCACCAGGUGGAACACAACAAGUGGUUUCCUCAGGCACCAGCCCCAACAUCAUCCUUACUGGACUUACUCCUGCCACUCAGUAUGAUAUCUCAGUACGUUCAACAUCUAACCAAGGACAGCAAUCAGCCAUUGGUACCACUACCGCUACUACAGUUCCAACACAAGUUACAAUAACUGAAACAACUCCAAAUUCAAUCAGCGCAAGUUGGACAGAGAUAACAAAUGCCUUGACAUACCGCAUAGACUUUGUCAGCACUGAUGGCCUACACACUGGAUCUAUCAAUUCACCUGUACCGCCGGCAGUUAUUGAUAGUCUACAACCAGGUACAACGUACACAAUAACUGUUCUUGGUACUACAGUGGACGGACAGACCAUCCCAAUUGGUUCAGCUUCUGCUACAACAGGUUGGUAUGUUUAA